AUGCAUUCUGUUCCUAUAAGUACCAUCAUCGAUCUUUAUUGUUGUCUCGUCGCCUUUCCUCUAACCCACGCUUGUGACCACCCACGUUGGUUACUGUACUGUACUCCGAGUCCUCUCCUGGAUAGUCAUUACAUCGAGUUUACAGCGUUUCUCGACGACUUCUCCGCGGUCCAACUUCCCAUCAUAUUUGAUGACCUUCUGCUCGAAGUAUUGCCGAUUCAACCAAUAAAUCUUCCUACCGAAAAGUGAGCCUUUUUCAUUUCUUUUUUGAUAUGUGUUGAAUCUGUUCGAAAUCCUUUCUUGGAUGAAAAGAAGCACCUUUGCCUGUUCAAAAUGAUAAAAAAAAGUGAAAAAUUCUUCAAGAUUCAUUUGUGAUCUUUAGAUAAAGAAAAUUUAGUAGUAGGCAAGUUUUUUCAAACAAUAUAUAAUUGAAAGCAAUGUUUUUAUUUUUGUCUUUUUUUGAAUUGGAUAAAUCAGAAAAAAAUGGCUCUAUUAUAAUUUGAUUCAUCAUCAAAAAAAUUUAGAAGUGUAGUUUUUUUGAAACUGGAUAAGAGCGCCAUAAUUUUCAAGAAGCUAUAACCGCGUUCGAUUUUGCACAAAGCCAAAAAAAUUCGUUGAAAUUGAAUAUUGCUUUUUUUAAAAAGUUCAUUUUAAAAAAAUAUGAAACUUUCUUUUUUAAUUAACUUGUAUAUAUAAAAAAAAGUACGAAGUUACUAUAAGUUCUUUUGUUUUGGCGCGCCAUUUUGCCCGUCGUGGCGGGACCAAUUUUGACAAAUUCAGUGAUCUUUAUGUUUAUUCGACUCAAUAUGGCGGUCAAAUUUUCUUUUUCUUUAUUGAAAUGUUUCAUGUCUAUCUACAGAUUCAGUCAAAAGUAAGAAGAAAUAUAUUUUCAGGGAAAAAAUUGAAAAAAACAUGGAAAUAAUAGCUUUGCGCUUGGCAGCAUGAGAAAUAUGAUAUGAGGAAAUAAUUUUUUUAUUAUAAAAUAAUAUUUCGCAAACAUUUUUGUUCGUGUCAUUUUUUUCACAAAUUGAUGUGUAUUUUUCUAGAAGAUAAAAAAAGAGAAUAUUAAAAACUCAUAUUUAUUUCUGCUUUAACGUUUAAAAAAACCAGCGGAGAGAGAUAGUCAAGAAGUUCCUUCACUUGAUCAUCUAUUCUUCAAUUAUUUUUUUUUAUGUUAAAUAAUGGCAGUGAAUAAACUAUCUAUUAUUAUUAAGUAAACCACUGAAAUAUCUUGAUUUUUUGAUCCUAUUUCCAAUCUUGUUUUUCAGAGCGAUGCCAAGACAAAAGGCGACCCGAAAGAAGACAAAAACACCAGGUAGUCACCAUCUGGCCAGCAACAUCGCUGAUAAAGACCUGCCCCUCGACAGUAUCACGGAGUCUCUGGCGAACAUGCAGAUCGAACUGGCACCAGGAUUCCGAAAUGGAACGCCCAGAGAUGUGAAGACGGCCGACAUCAUCAGGGCUCUCAACAACUUGAAGAAGUUGGAGCACUACAUUGAGACGAAAGGUCCAGACGCUACAAUUUCGGACCUCCUGGAGCAUUUGGUCGUUAGCAACAACAAUAACAACAUCAUCCAACUCGAUUUGAAGCAAGACGAGAAGAUCGAUUCACUCGAAUUGUCCCAAUACAACGACUUGGUCUCUCGUCUCUUGCAGUACCGCAGAAGUUUCCAGCGGGCCUGUCGAAGACUUCGUGCCGACAAACAACGUCAAAGGAACGCCUACCGUCGAUUCCUGGUCUUGCUGAGCCCUGGAAUCACCGUCAGCUCCAAGUCGGCCUUCAAAACUGUUCCCAGUCAAACUGAAGAACAGCAGCAAAUUGCUCUGCAACGAAAAAUCGACUCCUCCAAGUUCAUGAAAGAGCACAAACAGCAGAUGCUCGACUACAUGGAGCAGGUCGGAUAUCUGAAGGAAAGCUUGCAGAUGGACCACAUGGACACGGUCACCUUCAUGCGGAAGAUGCAAGUCGGACCCAUGAAGAUCGGAAGCACCAAUCCCACCUACGCUCCGUUUCCAGGAGUCUCCGCCUUGUCUUCCAGAAGCAAUGGGCCUGUCAGUGAACAGGCGGUUCCUGUUUGGUGUCAUCUUGCCAAUAUGUACGCCGGAAACCCGAAUUGGCUGGCCAAUCCAACUCAGAAAAUUUCGAAGAAAAAGAAAGGUGAUACAUCCCCAGAAGCUCCAUUGUAUCCCGGCCUGAAACCCUCAAUUUUCCACUCUGUCGAAGAGCUUUCUGGAGGAUCAUCAAGCAGUUCAGAAAGUGGAGUCACUCGCCCUGUUCCUCGUACCGCGAAUUCGCAAGCUAUUCUCAAGAUUUUGAGCGAAGGAGGAAAAAAGAAGAAAAAACGGCUCCAGAGACGUGUGUACAUUUUCCAGACUCCGACUAAAGAAAAGUGCCAUCCUGUUUUCGAACUGAUGCAGUCGAAGCUGAAAGAAAAUUCUCGAGUUCAUCGUAAAGAAUUUUCAAAGAGAUGUCAAUUGAAAUGUGCGCCUGAAGUGAUUGAAGAAGAACGGCAGCCGGAACUCCACGAUUUUCCGGAUGUGACUUUUGAGGGAAGCUCCACACCGACGCCAACUCCAUCGGUUCGUCAACACCGCAGAAACGCACGUCGACGUUGCCAAAGAGUCUUCCACUUCAAGAGAUUGAACCUCCGUCACAAAAUGGUGUCUGAAGCCGCGCUCACUUUAGGACUUGGAGUGAAAGUCGAGUCGAAAGAAGGCUACGAAGCUCUUUUCUACGCGAUCACCAAGAAAACAAAGGAGUGGAACGUCUACUUGGAGGAAUUUCCAGCUCUUCACUUUGUCGACAUGAUGUUCCCUCAGUUGAUCGACGUCUUCGAUGACCACGGCCUUGCUAUCAGCGAGUUUAUUCGAUGCAAGAAGUCUCCGAAUUGGAUGAAGUACGUCAAGAUUUGCGACAGCACCAACAGCGCUCGAUCCAAAAGCGAACAGAUUCCAAUUCCAGGUUAAUUUGACCUUUUGAAAUCCCUUUCACUUCAUUUAUUCCAGGAAGAGUGCAGCUUCUCAAACCUUUGUCCCCAGCGGGCAGCGCUCUCCUUUUGGAAGACUCGAAACCAAAAUUCAUCGUUUAUCAGUUUGGGGAAGACGCCCCUAAGUUCAGAGGUUUGAAACUUUUGUUCAUUAUCGAGAUUUUUCAUUUGAUUGCAGAUCUGGACGGUACUGUUCUGAUGAACAGAGCUUAUGCGGCUGAAGAUCUUUUCGAUACUAAUGCACCAAGCGACACGAGUGAGUAUUUAUUGAUCACUAUUUUUUUCUUUGGAAACCUAUGCACAUUCUUCAAUGAAAAGCACUAGUUCGACUUUUUUGCAGUAAUUUCAUUAUUUGUGAACUUUCGAGUAAUCCGUAUUGGGCGAUGAGUGAGACAAGGUGUAACUAAAAAGCAUUUUCACCUUUUCAGCGCUCUCAUUGGUAAAUUAAUUACUACUGUAACCAAUAAACACGCUGAAAAAACGAGAAACUGCAAAAAUCAAAAAAUAUUGAGUGCGUCAUAAUUAUUGAAACAUCAAUUUUUACGAUUUCCAAUGAGUUUAGUGGAAUUUUUUCAAAUAGUUAUCUUUAUCAUUAAGUUUUACUUUUUUUGAAGUUUUAUAUAAACUUUGCAAAAAAAUAAAAUUUAAUGCCCUAAUCGUACUUUUGUCAGGCUCUUCCGUCUGCCCUUCUCCUGAAAUCGACGUCGUUCACUAUUGA